AUGAGAUCGUACCUUUGGUCUACUCUUGUCACGCUUUUCUUGGUGACGUUUGCUGAGGCCUUCUACUUGCCGGGAGUGGCUCCAACCACUUACGCAGAAGGUGACAGAAUUGAGUUGUUGGUCAAUCAUUUGACCCCGUCAUUGACCCACCUCACCACCACCAACCACAGAGAGAAAACGAGGACUCAAAUAUAUUCAUAUGACUAUUACUAUCCAAAGUUCCAGUUCUGUAAACCUGCUGGUGGCCCCAAGAAGCAGCUGGAGUCCCUCGGAGCCAUCAUCUUUGGUGACAGGAUCUUCAAUUCUCCAUUCGACAUCCUGAUGUUGAAGAAUGAGCACUGUAAGACGUUGUGCCCAACGAAAUAUAGUAAAACGGAUGCUGCUUUUGUCAGCCGAAACAUCAGAGCAGGCUACAAUUACAAUUGGAUCAUUGACGGUUUGCCUGCUGCUAAGAUCGUGAAGGACAUGAGAACAAGCACUGAUUUCUACUCUUCUGGUUUCCCAAUUGGUGAAGUUGAUGACAGCAACAGAGCUUAUCUUUUUAACCAUUUCAACAUCAACGUUGAGUACCAUAAGAGAGCAGAGGGCCAAUACAGAGUCGUUGGUAUCACUGUUGCUUCUUCUUCCAUGGACAGAAGCAAGCUCGACAAAUCAAAGACCGCUGCCGAGGACUUGUGUAACCCUAAGUUGGCCCGUGUCAUGUUGUCGAAAGACACUGAGAAGGAGGUUUUGUUCACUUACUCUGUCACUUUCCUGGAGUCCUCGACUGCUUGGGCUACAAGAUGGGACAAGUACUUGCACAUUUAUGAUCCAAAGAUUCAAUGGGUUUCCUUGAUCAACUUUUCUUUGGUGGUCAUUAUUUUGGGUGUCAUCAUGGCCCAUAUCUUGGUCACUACCUUGAAGAACGAUAUUGUCAAGUACAACGAGGUGAAUUUGGACGAUGAUGUUGCUUAUGACAGUGGCUGGAAGUUGGUGUACGGUGAUGUUUUCAGAUCGCCUCCUAACAGAAUGCUUUUGUCUGUUUUGGUUGGAAGUGGUGCCCAAUUGUUCUGCAUGACUUUGGUGACCAUUUUCUUCGCUGUCUUUGGCUUGUUGUCUCCAUCAAACCGUGGCUCCUUGUCCACUUUCAUGUUUAUCCUCUUCAUCUUCUUCAGCAUUGUCUCUUCAUAUGUGAGUGGCUAUCUUUACCGCUUCUUCGGUGGUGAAAAUUGGAAGGUUAACAUGUUAAUGACUCCAACCCUCGUACCUGGAGUCUUGUUUGGUGUCAUUGUGUUCUUGAACUUUUUCUUGAUCAAUGCCGGAUCAUCUGGUGCCAUCCCUGCCGGAACUAUGCUUGCCAUGGUUCUUAUCUGGUUUGCCAUAUCUUUCCCAUUAUCCGUCGUUGGUUCGAUUCUUCAGUCCAAGAAACCUAUCCUUCUGGUUCCAGUGAGAACAAACCAAAUUCCAAGACAAGUGCCUCAACAGCCAUGGUACUUGAAGACAGUUCCAGGCAUGAUAAUGUCUGGUCUUUUCCCGUUUGGAUCCAUUGCCGUUGAGUUUUAUUUCAUCUUCUCGAGUAUCUGGUUCAACAGAAUUUUCUACAUGUUCGGCUUCUUGUUUUUCUGUUUUAUUUUGAUGAUUUUGACAACCGGCCUUAUUACAUUGUUGUUUGUGUACUACACUUUGUGUAGCGAGAACUACAAGUGGCAAUGGAAGGCCUUGCUCAUAGGUGGAGGCUGUUCUGUCUAUGUUUUCCUUCAUUCCUUGAUCCUUGUCAAGGGAGCUUUGAAAGACUUUACAUCGAUGGUGUUAUAUCUUGGGUACACCGCUGUGAUCUCGAUUCUCGUUUUCUUGGUUUGCGGCUCGGUGGGCUUUAUCUGUGCUUUAUUCUUUGUCAGAAGAAUUUACUCCCAGAUCAAGAUAGAUUAG